GCUAGAGCUAGCUAGGCCUCUUCAUCCCACCCUUACCUUCACCUCAUCCUCUCUUACCAUGGGGACUCUAGAAGUACAAAGCACCACCACCACCGCCAAUGGCAACAGUAACAGUAACGACACCACCAACGGUGCUACACUCUCUGACCCAGAAGAACCCAUCAUCGAUGUAGAAAACGACGAGGUUUCUCCCAUUGAGGAGGUCCGACUAACCGUUACCAACACCGAUGAUCCAACCCUUCCGGUAUGGACCUUUAGGAUGUGGUUCUUGGGUUUGUUAUCAUGCGGGCUUCUCUCUUUCCUCAACCAAUUCUUCUCUUACAGAACAGAGCCUCUUGUGAUCACCCAAAUCACUGUCCAAGUAGCCACACUUCCGGUCGGACAUUUCUUAGCAGCUGUGCUUCCCAAGAGCAAGUUCCGCAUCCCUGGUUUGGGGUCGAAAACGUUUUCUUUGAACCCAGGUCCGUUUAACAUGAAAGAGCACGUACUCAUCUCCAUCUUUGCAAAUGCUGGAAGUGCAUUUGGAGCUGGAUCUGCUUAUGCUGUUGGUAUUAUUACUAUUAUCAAAGCAUUUUACAAGAGGAAAAUUUCAUUCUUGGCAAGUUGGAUUCUCAUAGUCACUACCCAGGUAUUAGGAUAUGGGUGGGCAGGGCUGCUGAGGAAGUAUGUGGUAGAGCCUGCUGAAAUGUGGUGGCCUAAUACUAUGGUCCAGGUCUCUCUCUUCAGGGCUCUGCAUGAGAAAGAUGAAAAAGAUCAACGCAUGACACGGACUAAGUUCUUCCUAAUUGCACUAAUUUGCAGUUUUUCCUGGUAUGUAGUUCCAGGAUACCUAUUCACAACACUUACGAGCAUUUCAUGGGUCUGCUGGGUGUUUUCAAAGUCAGUAACAGCACAACAAAUUGGGUCAGGCAUGAGGGGCCUUGGACUUGGAGCUAUCACACUUGACUGGACUACUGUGGCAUCCUUCUUGUUCAGCCCCCUCAUUAGUCCUUUCUUUGCCAUUGCCAAUGUUUUUGUGGGAUAUGUGUUGAUAGUCUACAUUGCCCUUCCUAUUGCUUACUGGGGACUAGGCCUGUACAAUGCACACAGAUUUCCCAUAUUCUCCUCCCACUUGUUUACAGCCCAAGGAAAUAAGUAUGAUAUAUCAGCUAUUGUUAAUGACAAGUUUGAGCUAGAUCUGCAUAAGUAUGAGGAGCAAGGACGAAUUCAUUUGAGCUUGUUUUUUGCUUUUACUUAUGGCUUCGGUUUUGCAACCAUUGCAUCGACCGUUACUCAUGUGGCUUUCUUCUAUGGAAGGGUGAUUUAUGAGCGAUACCAUGCUUCUUAUAAGGGCAAGGAGGAUAUCCAUACCAAAUUGAUGAGAAGAUACAAGGACAUACCUUCUUGGUGGUUUCACUUGCUGCUGGCUGUCACGCUUGCAGUUUCGCUUGUUCUCUGCAUAGUCUUGAAUGAUCAGGUUCAGAUGCCAUGGUGGGGACUCCUCUUCGCCAGUGCUAUAGCUUUCUUCUUCACCCUUCCAAUUAGCAUCAUAACUGCUACAACCAACCAGACACCAGGGCUGAACAUAAUCACAGAGUAUGUUAUGGGUAUCAUAUAUCCAGGAAGACCAAUAGCCAAUGUCUGCUUCAAAACCUAUGGUUAUAUGAGCAUGGCGCAGGCUGUCUCUUUCCUCAAUGAUUUCAAGCUUGGACACUACAUGAAGAUCCCUCCAAGGUCAAUGUUCUUGGUUCAGUUCAUUGGAACAAUGCUCGCUGGAACCAUCAACCUUGCAGUGGCAUGGUGGCUGCUAAACUCCAUUAAUAACAUAUGCCAGGACGAUCUGCUUCCCCCUGACAGUCCUUGGACAUGCCCAGGUGAUAGAGUUUUCUUUGAUGCAUCUGUCAUAUGGGGUCUGGUAGGGCCUAAACGGAUAUUUGGAAGUCUUGGAAAUUAUCAAGCCAUGAAUUGGUUCUUCCUUGGAGGUGCAGCAGGACCAGUUAUAGUUUGGCUAUUACAUAAGACAUUCCCAAAGCAAUCUUGGAUUCCCCUAAUUAACCUUCCAGUUCUUCUAGGAUCAACUGCAAUGAUGCCUCCAGCAACAGCAGUAAACUACAAUUCCUGGAUCAUAGUAGGAACAUUUUUUAAUUUCUUCAUCUUCCGCUACCGGAAGCAGUGGUGGCAAAGGUACAAUUACAUUCUUUCAGCAGCACUGGAUGCAGGGGUGGCUUUCAUGGCAGUGCUAUUGUACUUUUCAUUGGGCAUGGAAAACAGAAGUUUAACUUGGUGGGGAACAAAUGGUGAACACUGUGAUUUAGCAUCUUGUCCAACAGCCAAAGGCGUAGAGGUUGAUGGUUGUCCGGUGAACUAAUCAUAUUGUUCUUCUGCUUAUCACAGUAUAGAUUUAGCAUAAAAUACAAGAGUAGGAGCAGGAAUGAACUACGAGAAUGGGAAGAUUAUGACAACUGAAGGUUCAAUGUGUAAUAUAAUUUCACCAUAAAUUCUGCUUUGUAAGUUCACUGUUAUAAGUUUAUGAAUUUUUCUUACCUGAACUACUAGGUCUACAUAAUCAAGAUACAAAACUUUAGUAGAAUUCACUUAUUAAAUACAUGGGUCUCACAUAUUUAUACAA